AUGUCGUGGGCGGGGUUCAAGAAGAAUGUCAACCGCGCGACGACGCAGGUUAUGAUGAAGACGGGGCAUGUGGAAAAAACAAACGAUCGUGAUUAUGAAGUCGAAGAAAGACGAUUCAAGACCAUGGAAGCAGCUGCUUUGCGUCUACAAAAGGAAUCAAAGGGUUAUCUUGAUUCUCUCCGAGCCAUGACCGCUUCGCAAAUGCGAAUCGCCGAAACGAUAGAUGCAUUCUAUGGCGACUCAGGCGCGACAGACGGCGUUAGCAGGAGUUACAAACAGGCAGUCGAAGAUCUGGACGCCGAAACCAUCAAAGCCCUGGACGGCCCAUACCGAACCACUGUCCUCGACCCCAUCACACGAUUCUGCGCUUAUUUCCCCGACGUCAACGAGGCGAUUAAAAAGCGCGCCCACAAGCUGCUCGACUAUGACGCCCUCCGCGCAAAAGUGAAAAAGCUUGCCGAGAAGCCCGACAAGGACGCCACCAAGUUACCCCGUACCGAAAAGGAGAUGGAGAUGGCAAAGGCCGCUUACGAGCAGUUGAACGAGCAGCUAAGCACCGAAUUACCCCAACUGAUCGAACUUCGAGUGCCAUACCUAGACCCUACUUUCGAAGCUCUCGUCAAGAUCCAGCUACGUUUUUGUGCAGAAGCCUAUUCGCGUAUGGCGCAGGUGCAGCAGUAUCUGGAUGCCGACACGAGAGAUCAGUAUGCCGAGGGACAACUGGACGCCAGAGUGGAGCAGGUGUUGCAGGAGAUUCGUGAGUUGAGCAUCAGCGGUACGGUAUAG